AUGACCGCCACUUCGCACUCGACUCUGCACGAUCUGCUGGUGCUGGCGCUGGCGCUGGCGCUAGCCCUGGCGGUACCGACGGCGGCGGCCGGCCGCAUCGGUCUGCUGUACUCGUAUGCGUCAGACGAUGCGUGCCAGGGCACGCCGUGGGCGGUGGACAUCAUCCCCGACCCGACUCCGGCGCAGUGCACCAACUCGACGUGCUGGGGCGGCGGUGCGCAGCCGUUCCGCCAGUCGGUCUGCGUCGACAAGAUGCCCGACUUUCCGCCGGCGGCCUACCCGCUGCGCUCCGACAUGUUCCGCAACACAGCAUGCUCCGGCGCGCCCUGGGUCUCAGUCGUCGCCUCGGACGCCUGUGUCCGCGACGGUGCCGGCGGCUACAUCCGCACUACAUGCAAUGCCACGGUGUGCUUCAACCAGCCCAUGUCCGGGGCCUUUGCGCUGAUGGGCCUUGCGUCGUCGGCGUGGGUCUACUACCGCACGUCCAACACGGCGCUGGCGUCGGGCAUCUUCUUCUUCUUCACCAUGGAGGCCCUCCAGUUUGUGCAGUACUUCUACAUUGACGACUGCGAGUCGGACAUCAACCGGUGGCUCACCCUCGCUGGCUUCCUGCACAUCUGCCUCCAGCCGUACUUUACCCACGUCAUCAACGCCUCGCUCACCACUGCGCCCAAGUACCUCUACCAGUACGACAUCAUCAAGCGCCUCUGCCUGCUCGGCGGCGGCAUGCUCUUUGCCCGCUACUUUAUGGCAGAGUGGAACCCGGCGUCGGUGGCCCAGCCCGUCACCUCGGCCUUUGGCGAGUGGGCCGGCCUCACCCCGCCGGCCAACGCCUGCGUCACUUCGGAGUGGCUCCGCGGCGAGAAGCUCUGCACCUACUCGGGCAAGUACCACCUUGCCUGGUCCGUCCCUAUGUCUGAUCCCACCUACUGGACGCCCGGCGCCGCCAUCCACUCGUUCCUUAUGUUUGGCCCGUUCUUUGUCAUGAAGUGGGACCGCUCCACCUGGUUCAAGGUCAUCUUCCGCGGCAUGAUCAUCCAGGGUGCCUUCCUCUUCCUCACCGGCCCCUACAUGGCCUCGUGGGUCACCGACAACCUCCAGGAGCAGGCCUCCAUCUGGUGCUUUGUCUCCAUCGCCGAGAUCACCUGGAUGCUCUUUGUCAUCCGUGAGAAGCUCAUCCUCGGCUGGGGUCGCGACAAGGAGGAGGGCAAGCUCUCCGCCGUUGGCCCUGCCAAGCCCAUCAAGGCCGAGUAAAUGCUGUGCCUGUUUCUU